CUGAAACCCAAUUCGAGAAGGAAAGUGAGUGAGAGAAAGAGAGGUUGUACCAGAUUAUAGCCCCACUUUCAUAGGUGGUUUGCGAUCGAAGAAGACCUCUUGAAGGUUGAAGGUUCUGGUUUCUCAGUCUCAGAUUGAGACCCCGAACCCAACUCCCCACGUACACUUCUCUUUAUCUCUCCCUCUCUCUCCAUACUUUUUGAAGAGUCUUCCACUGGAAAUUUCUCAUCUACUUCCACUUCUCAUAAAAGUUUUGUUAACCUCUGUUCUUUCUUUCCAAGUCAGUCAACUGUUGAAUCCAGGCCGUUGAUCUCGAAGACUCCUAACUUUUUGAAGCCAUCUUAUGCUAAAAUAUCAUAAUUUGUGACUACCCUUUGCUUUUCCCCCAGUACGAGAUUUUCUUCCUAAAUCCUGGUUUGUUUUUUCCAGGUUGAUUUCACCAUUUGAGGAUAGGCAAAUCUAGAUUUUCUGUGGUCAAACUUGAGCUGGGUGGACUGGGAAUCUCAAUUUUAGCUCUUGGGGUUUGGACUUGAACAAGUUGUGAUGCUUCAAUCUCAGCUGGGGGACUCAUAUGGAGGUUUUUGAUACUUCUCCUUUAACAUUUUCAAUCUUUUCUCAGUUGGGUUGGUGCAGAUUUUGGAGUUUUAAGACUUUGUGUUUUUGCUCUCAAGUUUUGAUCUGUUGCAUAGGCGUAUCUUCGAGACCUGUGAGGUUAUAGAUACUUUAGCUGUAGUGAGAAAAAAAAACAAAUCUUUUUUUUUUCCUUUUCUGUCUGGUAGAUUUUUAAUUAUUAUUUUUUUAAAAUAUGGCCAAUAUUAAGAAACCCCGUUUGAAAGAUGUAGCACUUCGCCGUUUCCUUUCAGUAGUUUCAAUCACUUUAUUAGGAGUUUUUUUGUUGAUUUUUCUCUUGGGAACAAAUUCAAGAUCGAAGGUUUCUGUUUCGGAUGAAUCAGACGAGUAUUUGACCUAUAGUUAUAACCAUUCGAACAUUAACAAGAAAAUCAAUCUUCCCAAGCAAAGUGAAUUGUCAAUUAAGUUGGGGAAGCUAAACCAGAAAACCCCUAGAAACAUAGAUCUAUAUCCAAGAUUACGCAAGGAUCACAUAACCAUAGUGUUGUAUGUACACAAUAGGCCCCAAUAUCUCAAAGUAGUUGUUGAGAGCUUAUCAUAUGUGGUGGGAAUAAGUGAAACUUUACUAAUAGUUAGCCAUGAUGGGAACUUUGAAGAGAUGAACAAUAUUGUUAAGAGUAUCAGAUUUUGCCAAGUGAAACAGAUAUUUGCUCCUUACUCUCCUCAUGUCUUUCCCAAUAGCUUUCCUGGGAUCUCACCAACUGACUGCGAGGAUAAGGGAGAUUCUUCUAAUAAGCAUUGUGAAGGGACUUCUGAUCAGUAUGGAAAUUAUAGAUCGCCAAAGAUUGUGUCACUGAAGCAUCAUUGGUGGUGGAUGAUGAACACAGUGUGGGAUGGAUUGGAUGAGACUCGAGGGCAGUCAGGUCAUAUUCUUUUCAUAGAGGAGGAUCACUAUAUCUAUCCCAAUGCAUACCGGAACUUGCAGAAGCUCAUUCAAUUGAAGCCUAAAAAAUGCCCCGAUUGCUAUGCUGUGAAUUUAGCACCUUGUGAUGUGAAUUCUAGAGGAGAAGGUUGGGAUUGUUUUAUUGCAGAGAGAAUGGGAAACGUGGGGUAUUCCUUUAACCGGACUGUAUGGAGGAAAAUCCAUAAGAAGGCAAGAGAGUUUUGCUCCUUUGAUGAUUACAAUUGGGAUAUAACCAUGUGGACGAAAGUCUAUCCGUCAUUUGGUGAUCCUGUUUACACUCUGCGAGGGCCUAGAACAAGUGCAGUUCACUUUGGCAAGUGCGGUUUGCAUCAGGGCCAGGGGGAGAAGAAUGCUUGCAUUGACAAUGGUGUUGUACAUUUUGAUGUGGAUAAUCUGGAUAAGGUGUCCAACAUCAAACCGGAGUGGGAAGUGCGAUUCACAGAACAUCAGUCUGGGUAUAAAGCUGGAUUCAAAGGUUGGGGAGGCUGGGGAGAUGAGAGAGACAGGCAGUUGUGUUUGAAUUUUGCUCGGAUGUACCUGCUCGAAGACACUAACACUUCAUCACGCAAAAUGUAAGAGUUGAAGUCAGAAUUUUACACAGCUUUUGUAAGUUAUGAGAUGUAGAUUAGUUUCCUGCUUAAUAUACACAUAACUUAUCAAGCUCUUUGCUAGUCAAAUUUACAGCAGAUUCUUAUAUUGUUUCUUCAAAAUAUUAGCUAAAAGAAAUAAGAAAGUCUUAUUACUAUUAGAAUUGUUUGUCACUGAGAUGAAAUGAAACCCCCAACAUUGAUUUUGCUCAA